AUGGGUUUAAGAGACACAAGAAAUGUUUCGGUUGAAGAAAUGCUUGCAACGUUUUUGUUCAUUGUUGGUCAAAAUUCGAGGAAACCCGGGCUUGCAGUUCCCGCAAAAAUAAAAGACAGUACACGGUUUUAUCCUUACUUUAAGGAUUGUGUGGGUGCUAUUGAUGGAACACAUAUCCUUGCAAUGGUAGCUGGAAAAGACACAGCUAGUUAUCGUAACCGAAAAGGACAAUUAUCGCAAAAUGUUUUGGCCGCAUGUAAUUUUGAUUUAGAAUUUAUAUAUGUUCUUAGUGGAUGGGAAGGUUCAGCUCAUGACUCAAAAGUAUUACAUGAUGCUUUAACACGAAACACUAACCAAUUAAAAGUUCCUGAAGAAAACGAUGUUGAAGAAAGCGGUGUUGACGAAAGAGAUGAUGCUGAAAAUAAUGCAAAUGAAGAGCUUCAAGGUACUCAAGAUCAACAAAGAGUUCUUGCUAAUAAUUGGAGAGCAUCAAUAGCUACACAUAUGUGGACAGAUGCUAUGAAUAUGGAAUCAUGA